CCGUCCCAAUCAUUGUAAACAGGCGGAGGCUGGGCGGGGUGGGAAUGGGGCGCCCGAGGCUGGGUAGGGGUGCAGUGCAGGAGGCGGCUGCGGUGGCUGCGGCGGGAGCGUGAGCGGGAGGAAGCGGCGGCUGCGGCGGUGCGGGCGGUCGCGCAGCGGCAGGCACAGGUGUAAUGGACAGGUAACACAGAGCACCUCAUCCCUUCCUCGUCAGGCGGCAGCAUGACCGAGUGCUUCCUGCCCCCCACCAGCAGCCCCAGUGAGCACCGCAGGGCAGAGCAUGGCAGCGGGCUGACCCGGACCCCCAGCUCGGAAGAGAUCAGCCCCACCAAGUUUCCUGGACUAUACCGCACGGGAGAGCCCUCCCCUCCCCAUGAUAUCCUCCACGAGCCUCCCGACAUCGUGUCUGAUGAUGAGAAAGACCAUGGCAAGAAAAAAGGGAAAUUUAAGAAAAAGGAAAAAAGGACUGAAGGCUAUGCUGCCUUUCAGGAAGAUAGCUCUGGAGAUGAAGCCGAGAGUCCUUCCAAGAUGAAGAGGUCCAAGGGAAUCCAUGUUUUCAAGAAGCCCAGCUUUUCUAAAAAGAAGGAGAAGGAUUUUAAAAUAAAAGAGAAACCCAAAGAAGAAAAGCACAAAGAAGAAAAACAUAAAGAGAAAAAGUCAAAAGACUUGACAGCUGCUGAUGUCGUUAAACAGUGGAAGGAAAAGAAAAAAAAGAAAAAGCCCAUUCAGGAGCCAGAGGUGCCUCAGGUUGACGUUCCGAGUCUCAAGCCCAUUUUCGGAAUUCCCUUGGCUGACGCCGUGGAGAGGACCAUGAUGUAUGACGGCGUCCGGCUGCCAGCCGUGUUCCGGGAGUGUGUAGAUUAUGUAGAGAAGUACGGCAUGAAGUGUGAGGGCAUCUACAGAGUUUCAGGAAUUAAAUCAAAGGUAGAUGAGCUAAAAGCAGCCUACGACCGAGAGGAGUCUCCAAACUUGGAAGAAUAUGAGCCCAAUACUGUCGCCAGUUUGCUGAAGCAGUAUUUACGAGACCUUCCAGAGAAUCUGCUUACCAAAGAGCUAAUGCCCCGAUUUGAAGAGGCCUGUGGGAGGACCAGUGAGGGUGAGAAAGUGCAGGAGUUCCAGCGCCUGCUCAAGGAGCUGCCGGAGUGUAACCACCUUCUGAUUUCCUGGCUCAUCGUGCACAUGGACCAUGUCAUUGCCAAGGAGCUGGAGACCAAGAUGAACAUACAGAACAUCUCCAUAGUGCUCAGCCCAACUGUCCAGAUCAGCAAUCGUGUCCUGUAUGUGCUUUUCACACAUGUGCAAGAGCUCUUUGGAAAUGUGGUGCUGAAGCAAGUGACGAAACCUCUGCGGUGGUCUAACAUGGCCACGAUGCCCACACUGCCGGAGACCCAGGCGGGCAUCAAAGAGGAGAUCAGGAGACAGGAGUUUCUUUUGAAUUGUUUACAUCGAGAUCUGCAGGGUGGGAUAAAGGAUUUGUCUAAAGAAGAGAGAUUAUGGGAAGUACAAAGAAUUCUGACAGCCCUCAAAAGAAAACUGAGAGAAGCUAAAAGACAAGAGUGUGAAACCAAGAUUGCACAAGAGAUAGCCAGCCUUUCAAAAGAGGAUGUUUCCAAAGAAGAAAUGAAUGAAAACGAAGAAGUUAUAAAUAUUCUCCUUGCCCAGGAGAACGAGAUCCUGACGGAGCAGGAGGAGCUGCUGGCCAUGGAGCAGUUCCUGCGGCGGCAGAUCGCCUCGGAGAAGGAAGAGAUCGAGCGGCUGCGUGCCGAGAUCGCCGAGAUUCAGAGCCGGCAGCAGCAUGGCCGCAGCGAGACCGAAGAGUACUCCUCGGACAGCGAGAGCGAGAGUGAGGACGAGGAGGAGCUGCAGAUCAUCCUGGAGGACUUGCAGAGGCAGAACGAGGAGCUGGAAAUCAAGAACAAUCACUUGAACCAGGCGAUCCACGAGGAGCGCGAGGCCAUCAUCGAGCUGCGCGUGCAGCUGCGCCUGCUGCAGAUGCAGCGAGCCAAGGGCGAGCCGCAGGCGCCGGAGGACGAGGAGGCGGAGCGGGAGCGGGAGCGGCGCGGCGCGGACGGCGGCCCCGAGCAGCCCAAGGCCGGCAAGGAGCCUGCGAAGCCGUCGCCGAGCAAGGACCGGAAGGAGACGCCCAUCUGAGCCGCUGGCGGCGCCCGCGGAGCCCUCGGCCUCUGCGUCUUUACUGUACAUUCUGUAAAGACGGCUCCUCCUGCCGCCAGGGCGGCGGCUCCGGCUCCAGCUCCCGGCGGCUCCUCCGCGGCGGCCCGCCCGGGCCGGAGGACGGAGCAGCGCCCCGUGGGCUUGCAGGGACGGAUGAGUUUUCCAGAUAGUGUCAGCUUAUUUGAAGAUUAAUUUUCUUUGUUAACUUAAAGUAACUAUUUUAACCCUUGAGUGGCUUCUUUUUAAACCAAAAAUCGUCUUUCUUUGCUUUUGUAUCACAGCGGAAUCAGGACCUCUUUCUCAUUCCAGGGGGGGAACCAAACCAGGUCCCUGCGGCCUGCUGGGGACGCCUGCGUCCCGCCCGCGGGGCCUCCGUACCGAGUCACUCUUGCUCGUGCCUUUCACACCUUCUCGGUGCAGAUCACAGUCACGGGGAGCCGCCUCGCCCUCCCACUCCCCUCGGCCCCUGAGCCCCGGCCUCCGACGGCCCGCUGGGCUCGCAGGCGGCGGUCACUGCCAGCGAUCCGCGAAGGCCUGCGCCCUGACCACCACCACCCACCUCCCGGGACAACCGGAGCGGCUGGGGUUGCUUGCUCGGGCGAGAGUGUGCGCGGCCUCUGCCUGAAUAAGCCAUAUACAUAUAUAUAUGCUCUGGGGUGUGCGUGUGUGUAUAUAUGUAUAUGCUCAAACGAAAGCUGUCCCUCACCGUGUGGUCUCCGGAAGCUGCCCACGGCCGCCACUGACAAGGGGGAGCGCCAGAAAUGGCCCCUUCCUGGAACGAGCCGGCUUCCCGGGCCGGGCUCCCCCUGCGGGGUAGCACCGUGAGACAGGUCGGGUCUUGGGGCUCCCGACAAACCCCACACGCACUAAGGUGGUGACGACAAACCCCACCCGAGGGCUCUCCUCCCCCCCCCCCCCCCCAGUUAGUAUUUAUUUUCAGCACCUGUUCGACGCGGUUUUUUAUCCUCUACCUAUUGCACUGUUGUGACUUGUUGGCCAUUAUUUGAUUUUUGUACGAGAAAAAAAGCUUUGUUAUAGAAAUCAGCAUACUAUUUUUUUAAAUCUGGAGAGAAGAUAUUAUGGUGACUGAAAAUAUGGUCAGGUGUCAAAUACCAAUGUAUCAGCGCCUUCUAGCUGUCCUGUCAGUACAUUCAUCUCACAUUUGCCGGCAAUAGUGAUGGUUUCCUUUUUGUUUGUGUAAACUCUAAUUUCUAUCACGGUAUCAUGGAUUUUUAAAUUUAGCAUUUCAUGACAAAAGGUCUCAGCGUUGGUUAACUCAUUUUUGCCAGGACCAUUAUUGAUCAAGCGAAUAAAUUCAACAGCCAUUUGGGAAAAAAA